CCCUCGGCAGCGUCGGGCGGGACGCGGCGCGUGCUCGGACCCGAGGGCCGGCUCGGGGGCGGUUCCCCGCGGUGCCCGCCCCAAAACCUGUCAACAAGGCGUGGUGCGAGUGCGCCGGCCACGGGCCGCCCAGCCGGGCCGUCGCCGGGUUUUAUUACCGCGGCAGGGCUUGGCGGCCGGAACCUUAGAGCUCGCGCUCCGUAGGGCUUUUCCCGGCGUCUGAUACGCCUGUGCCUGCAGCUUGAGAAAUGAGAGCCAUUAAGGUGUCAGAGACUGCCCAGGGCAGGGCAGGGUGCAGGAGAAACGUCAGGGACAGGCAGUCCGUGGAGGCGGCGCAGGGAGGCGGGCACGCCCCGGGCCGCGUAGCCAAGUGGAAAACUUGGUCAACUUGUGAUGAGCAGCUUCGCGCCUGUUUGUGGCGGGCUUUCAGGGGUCAGGAGGCAGCCUAUUAGAUGAUCGGCCUGCAUCUCCAAGCUAAGAGGAUGAAACGAGCAGGAAGAGAUAGUGACCAUAAUUCAUCAGAAGAAGGUACUGCAGAGAAGUCCAAGAAACUGAGGACUACAAGUGAGCAUUCUCAGACUUGUGAUUGGGGUAAUCUCCUUCAGGACAUUAUUCUCCAAGUAUUUAAGUAUUUGCCUCUUCUUGACCGUGCUCAUGCUUCACAAGUCUGCCGCAACUGGAACCAGGUAUUUCACAUGCCUGACUUGUGGAGAUGUUUUGAAUUUGAACUGAAUCAGCCAGCUACGUCUUAUUUGAAAGCUACACAUCCAGAGCUGAUCAAACAGAUAAUUAAAAGACAUUCAAACCAUCUGCAGUAUGUCAGCUUCAAGGUGGACAGCAGCAAAGAAUCAGCUGAAGCAGCUUGUGAUAUAUUAUCGCAACUUGUGAAUUGCUCUUUAAAAACACUUGGUCUUAUUUCAACUGCUCGGCCAAGCUUUAUGGAUUUACCAAAGUCUCACUUUAUCUCUGCACUGACAGUUGUGUUUGUAAACUCCAAAUCCUUGUCCUCGCUUAAGAUAGAUGAUACCCCAGUGGAUGAUCCCUCCCUCAAAGUACUGGUGGCCAACAACAGUGAUACACUCAAGCUGCUAAAAAUGAGCAGCUGUCCUCAUGUCUCUCCAGCAGGUAUUCUCUGUGUGGCUGAUCAGUGUCAUGGCUUACGUGAACUGGCCCUGAAUUACCACUUAUUAAGUGAUGAAUUGCUGCUUGCUUUAUCUUCUGAAAAACAUGUUCGAUUGGAACAUUUGCGCAUUGAUGUAGUCAGUGAGAAUCCUGGACAAACACACUUCCAUACCAUUCAGAAGAGCAGCUGGGAUGCUUUCAUCAGACAUUCACCCAAAGUGAACUUAGUGAUGUAUUUUUUUUUAUAUGAAGAGGAAUUUGAUCCAUUCUUUCGGUAUGAAAUACCUGCCACCCAUCUUUACUUUGGGAGAUCAGUAAGCAAAGAUGUGCUUGGCCGUGUGGGAAUGACGUGCCCUAGACUAGUUGAACUAGUAGUGUGUGCUAAUGGAUUACGGCCACUUGAUGAAGAGUUAAUUCGCAUUGCAGAACGUUGCAAAAAUCUGUCAGCUAUUGGACUAGGGGAAUGCGAAGUCUCAUGCAGUGCCUUUGUUGAGUUUGUGAAGAUGUGCGGUGGCCGCCUGUCUCAGUUAUCCAUUAUGGAGGAAGUAUUAAUUCCUGACCAGAAGUAUAGUUUGGAGCAGAUUCACUGGGAGGUGUCCAAGCAUCUUGGUAGGGUGUGGUUCCCAGACAUGAUGCCCACUUGGUAAAGACAGAAUGAUGUAGAGCAUGAUGAAUAGCACCUUAACUUUUAAGCAUACUGUAUUAUAAUAAAAGUUUAUUUCCUGUAGUUCUGAUGUAAUGUUACUCUUUUGUGGCAUGGAAAUUUGAUACUUGCAUUGAGCAUUAUAAAAGGACUGUUUAUUGGAAGAUCCAUGGGUCAGAUAUGUUUCUUUAGCCUAAUAACAAUCAAAUUUCAGAAAAAAUUUUUCUAAAUGUGGUUCAGGUCUGAAAUUAAUAACCAGGUAUAAAGAUUAAAUAUUUUACAGCUGAAGGAAAUAAAACCUAUAUAUUAUAAUAUCCAAGAAGUAUUAAUAGGUUUUCCAAAGUGUUAUGUUCUCUAUGCAUUUAUUAAAAAUGUAAAGUUGACAUUUUAGGGUUUUCAGUUAUACAUACACCUGUUAUAAGGUGUUUAAUAUAGCUCAGGAAAGUGAGCACUUUGUGAGAAAUACAUAGGAUAUAUUAUAUCUAAUGAAAAAGAUUGGUUGAAUGUUCUCAAAUGUUACAAAGCUGUUUAAAGAGGUACGUAUAAGUAAUUGGAACAGUUAGAAAACUGAUGUCACACGUUGGGUAUUAUAGGAUAAUAAAUGGAGCCAAGAUCAAAUUAAAAUAAACAGGAGGAAUAUGGUGUUUAGCUUUGUAUAAACUUUUAGGUUUGCUCUAUAAUCUGCUAAACCAUUUAAAUUCUUUUGUGUGAUAUGUUACUGUGUAUGUGGUCCUUGAGGCAUCAUACAUAAAGUAAGGAAUGCUUUAACAGUACUCUUUGGUUUUGUUUAUCUCUGUUUAAACUAGUUUUAAAAUAUACAAAUUGAAAUGAAAAGCUUAUCUAUUUAAAAAGCAAAACUGAAAUAAUUCAGGGUAGAAUUUAAAAAUGUUUAUAAAUUAUUUCCAUGAAAGAAUAUUAGUCUCCAGUGAAUUUUUGUGAUGGCUCUUUUUUCCAUUUUGGAAUUACAUAGUUAUGUAAGUAGAAUUUUCAAAAAUCAUGAGCACCAAUGUACAGUUCAACAUAAACAUUAAAAGAGGAUAUAUGUAAGUUCAUAAUCAUAUUUUUGAGUAGUGCUCAAUGAACUGGAAAAUUUUAAUAGAAAAAUGUCUGCAGUUUUGUGAUUGUUAAUUUGGUUAAACUGGUAUAUUAUGUUAUUUGUUAGGUAGCAUUUUUAUUACUUUCAUAUGAAUAAAGGUAAUCCAUACAUUGUAGACUCUGUAAAAACACUAAGUUUGGGGCAACAUUUAGUUUUUUUAGGUAUACAUAAAACUUGAUUCUGAGCACUAGUGCCUCGUAGAUAUUAACCUAAGGGAAAUUAGAAGUGAUUUACCCCCAAUUAAUGCUUGAAACUUUUUUAGAAAGCAUCUUGGUAGUUAUGGAAGCUCACAGUCCUACAGAUUUAAUCUAUUUUUAAAAUAGAUUACCUUCCUGAGAAUAAAGUAUUUGGUGAUAUUCUACACAAUUUAUCAUUGUCAAAAAUGAUGGUAUUUUGGCCACAUACAAAUGAGAGAAAAAAGGUUGAUCCAGACUUGGGAAUUAAAAGCAAUUAAUAUAAUAUUUUCCCCUCUUAGUAAAAAAGCUUUGUAUAAGAAAUACCUGUGUUAAUGAAGUUUUUUUUUUUUCUUUAACAAUUUUGGAAAAUAGGUAUGAGUACAUGAUCAGUUCUUCUAACCAAAGCUUUAUUUGGAAUUUACUUUUUGUACAAAUUAUAUAUUGCCUGAAACACUUUAAAUAAUUUACAAGCAAAAUGCUUAGCACUUAAUUUGUUUAUACUGUAAAGUACAUGUUAAAUGCUUUUACCAAUUUGAGAAUAAAGAUAGUUACUAAUGUUG